AGUCGAGAGCGUGGAGGACACUACAGUCGACGGGAGCAUCAGACAUCGGCCGGGACUACAAAGUUGUGGCUCUAUAGUUCUACCUGUUAUGGCUGACCAUUUACAUUACAAUGACUCGGCUGGAUAUGGGAACAGAUUCGCACGAAAGGGUGCUUUGCGACAGAAAAAUGUGCAUGAAGUGAAAAAUCACAAGUUUACUGCGAGGUUUUUUAAGCAGCCAACGUUUUGCAGCCAUUGUACAGACUUCAUAUGGGGAUUUGGCAAACAAGGAUUUCAGUGCCAAGUGUGCUGUUUUGUGGUCCACAAACGGUGUCAUGAGUUCGUGGGCUUCUCCUGCCCUGGAGCUGACAAAGGUCCUGACACAGAUGACCCCAGAAGCAAGCACAAGUUCAAGAUUCACACAUACGGCAGUCCAACCUUCUGUGACCACUGUGGAUCCCUGCUGUACGGGCUCAUCCACCAGGGGAUGAAAUGUGAUACAUGCGAUAUGAACGUUCACAACCAGUGUGUGGUCAAUGUGCCAAGCUUGUGCGGGACGGACCACACGGAGCGGAGGGGCCGCCUGUUCCUGAAGAUCGAGGUCAGCAUGGACCGGCUACACGUCACAGUGGGUGAAGCUAGAAACUUGAUUCCUAUGGAUCCAAAUGGUUUAUCAGACCCCUAUGUUAAACUCAAACUAAUCCCAGACCCAAAGAAUGAGACCAAACAGAAGACAAGGACCAUUCGAUCCUCUCUCAACCCCUGCUGGAACGAGUCUUUUACCUUUAAGCUGAAAGCAUCAGAUAAGGACCGACGUCUGUCCAUUGAGAUUUGGGACUGGGACAGAACCACCCGGAAUGACUUCAUGGGCUCCAUGUCGUUUGGCGUGUCCGAACUCAUCAAAUCUCCAAACUGUGGAUGGUACAAGUUACUGAACCAGGAGGAGGGAGAGUACUACAACGUCCCCAUUCCCGAAGUGGAUGAUGUCAAUCUGGAGCUCCGACAGAAGUUUGAGGAAGGGUCCCGUCUGAGUGAAAUGAUGUGGAAUAUAAGUAGCAGUCAUAGUAAGACUAUUCGACCGUUCCCCUCAACCCUCAGUAGUGGCGUGAACAGUUCCACUCACAAGGUUCUCCAUGUGCCUGCUAAAGCCAAGUUGGGUCACGGUAAGAAAGUGAUCACCCCAUCAGAUCACCGGAGGUUCAGCCUGCCGUCAGGUAACAUGGACCGAGUCCGACUCAGUGACUUCAACUUCCUGGCUCUGCUGGGGAAAGGCAGCUUCGGCAAGGUAAUGUUGGCAGAGAAGAAGUCGACAGAGGAACUGUACGCCAUAAAGAUCUUGAAGAAAGACGUCGUAAUCCAGGAUGAUGAUGUUGAAUGUACGAUGGUGGAGAAGAGGGUCUUGGCCCUCCGAGACAAACCGCCCUUCCUCACGCACCUCCAUUCCUGCUUCCAGACUGUGGAUCGUCUGUACUUUGUGAUGGAAUACAUUAAUGGAGGAGACCUAAUGUAUCACAUCCAGCGCAUGGGCAAGUUUAAGGAGCCACAGGCGGUGUUUUAUGCUGCAGAGAUAGCUGUCGGUUUGUUUUUCUUGCAUCGAAAGGGAAUCAUCUACAGGGAUCUGAAGCUGGACAAUGUAAUGCUGGACUCCGAGGGCCACAUCAAGAUAGCUGACUUCGGCAUGUGCAAGGAGAGCAUGUAUGAAGGGAUGACCACACGCACCUUCUGUGGCACCCCAGACUACAUUGCACCUGAGAUUAUAGCGUACCAGCCUUAUGGAAAAUCAGUGGACUGGUGGGCUUAUGGAGUUCUCCUGUAUGAGAUGUUAGCAGGACAGCCGCCGUUUGAUGGAGAAGAUGAGGACGAGCUCUUCCAGUCCAUCAUGGAGCACAAUGUGUCCUACCCCAAGUCCAUGUCUAAAGAGGCCGUGUCCAUCUGUAAGGGUCUGAUGACCAAGCACCCAUCCAAGCGUCUUGGCUGCGGCCCGGAGGGUGAGCGGGACAUCAGAGAGCAGGCAUUCUUCAGGCGCAUCGACUGGGACCGACUGGCCAACCGAGAAAUCCAGCCGCCGUUUAAACCCAAAGUGUGUGGCAAAGCAGCAGAAAACUUUGACAAGUUUUUCACACGCACCCAGCCCGUCCUGACCCCUCCGGACCAGCUGGUAAUUGCCAACAUCGACCAGAGCGAAUUUGCCGGCUUCUCCUACAUCAACCCUCAAUUCAUCCAUCCAUCCCUGCACAGCGUGGUAUGAGGAAGGAGCAGAGAGUGAUAAAGAGAGAAAUAAGAGCAUGACUGUCACUGAAUACAGCAUCCUUCCAAUCCAAACUUCCUGCUGUCCGUAGGCUGAUAUCACCCUCUAGGUUUGCGUCUAUUACUUAUCAAUAACUGUGGACAGAAAUGGAGUGAGGAACAAAGUGUUAAGUAUGUCACAGUAAGUACAAUCUGAGCAGAGAUUAACGAAAUGUACAUGCACUAAUAAUUUAGCAUCUCAUACUGUUUUGAAUCUGUAUUUCCAAACUUUCAGCUUUUAUCUUGUGAAGGAAUGUGUCUCAGCAUCUGUCACUUUUGGUGUUAAAGAUCUGUUUUCCUUUACUUCCUGCUCAUGUUCCCCAUCUGAUAACAAGUCGCAAUGCACAAAGAGAAUGGAUUUACAUUUUUUUGACUCUGUCAUGGCUUUAUCUCCUUCUGAACUGCUACACAUGUAUAUGUAUAUUAUAUUUCUAUAAUAAAGACAAGCGGUAGUAAACUGUUACAUCAGUGCCAAAGUAGAGGUGGAAGCAUACAUUUCUAUUGCAAUUCUUAAAGUUCUUGUAAUGUUUCUCCAUUCUGACCUUUCCCAGUGGUGUCAGCAACUUAAAACCCUCAAACGGGGGUUGUUUCUAUCUGUUGUUUUGUAGGACGUGUAACUACAGUAUAUCUCUACUCAGCAGAAGCAAAAUAUGUCUCUGUUGCGAGUGCAACAGAUGUUGCCAGCUGUGUAGGAUAACCUGUCAGAAAACUUUGGAUGAUCGAGGCAGUGUUUUGAAGUAUUAAGAUGCUAUUUCCAUAUGCACAAAGCAGAUCUGUGUUGCAUGCUUAUCUUCUGACUCUGUUUGAGCCGUAGGGUCUAGGAUGCAGUACACGUCUAGUAUCACUGUAAAGUUUAGUAGAAUGAUAAAAACUAUGUGAAUAUAUAAUUGUUGUAUGUUUACUCUGAAAAAAAGUUUCUGAGUGGGAAAGGUUUUUCUUCCUGUUUCAUGUUCUGUACCUUUUAUGACCAGAAAUGUGUAACCCUCCAAUGUUUUUGUAAAUAUGUUUCAAAAACAGAAGCUCCUUGCAGAUUUUAUACUAUGAACUGAAUGUGCUUUUACUACCAUAGUUUGAACAUUUCUAUGUUUAGAUUA